CUGGGACAAACUAUACUGGAUGAUAUUAGUAAAUAUUUUCCUACUCCUGAAGUGGGUGUGAUUCCUAAGACUUUAAAAGAUAAUACAAGUAUUGCUGAUAAAACCAAGACAACACAAUCUGGUACCGACACAUCUCCUUCAGUUACAAGUAACUUAUCUUCACAACCUUUAUCACCUCAAGCUGAAGUACAUGUUCCUGUUUCGAAAAAGUUACGGGGGGACUUUAGAUCAAUGAGAAUGUCUUUUGGAAGAAUGAUUUACAAUGUUAAAAAGAUUAUUAAGCAAAAAUCUCCUCCUUUAGAAGAAAUGAAGGAACUAAUUUUGUGUUGUAGUACAGAUCUUAGACAAAAAGCAGAGCAAUGUACUGAUAUUUCUAGUAUCCUACAUCUAAUUCAAAAUGAGUGUUCACUGACAGAUAUUGCACUCCUUCAUAGUGUAGUGGAAGAAAUGAACAUCACUGAAGCAAAUGAACACAUUAAAGCAUAUAAAACAGAGUUAAAGGGAUUCUGCAAGUCACUCUCAAUCAGUCUUUGUUGAAGGAAAGAUUCGC